CCGGGCUGCUCCGCUCACUCCCGGGGACGCCGAGGCAGAAACCGGCCGGCGCUAUGGCCACCGUGAAGGAGAAGGCGGCGGCUUUGAAUCUCUGCGCGGUGUACAGUCCGGCUAACAAGCCUCCAGGUUUCAGCUUGGCACAGAGACCAUUUGGAGCCACAUAUGUCUGGAGCAGCAUUAUCAACGCACUUCAGACCCAAGUUGAAGUGAAAAAGCGGCGUCAGAACCUGAAAUCUUUUAACGACUGUUUUAUUGGCUCCGAUGCAGUAGACAUAGUCUAUGCCCACCUUCUGCAGAACAAAUACUUUGGCGAUGUAGAUAUUUCCCGGACUAAAGUUGUGAGAGUGUGUCAGGCACUGAUGGAUUACAAAGUGUUUGAAGCAGUUUCUACCAGAGUCUUUGGAAAAGACAAACGGUCUGUGUUCGAAGAUAGCAGCUGCAGCCUCUACAGGUUUCCAAAUGCGUGUAACCAAAUGGACAGUCCAUUUGGAAAAGAGUACGGCCGGACUGUGCAUCAAAGACAGGAGAAAAGAGCAUUACUUAACAUAACACCAGUGAAAUCAGGAAGCUUGGAGGAUCUCUUGGAAAACUUGAGUCUAACGCCUGUUAGUUCCUCUCAAGUAAAUACCUCUCUAAACCUUUCUCACCAAGUUAUUAACGAAGUCUGGAGAGAGCAAACAAUUACCCGCCUCCUGCAGCUUAUAGAUCUUCCACUUCUUGACUCUUUACUUGAGUACCAGAAGGCAGGAUCUAAAUUUCCACAAACAAAGCAAGAGUCUGAAUGUAACAUCACAAGCCUGGACCGAGAAAUUCUGAAAGCAUUCGGAGACUCUCAGACGGAUGAAUGGGUGUCGGCAGCAAUAGACUGUCUGGAGUAUCUGCCAGAUCCGAUGGUGGUUGAUGUGAGCCGUAAUUUGCCUGAGCAGCCUGACAAAGUACAUUUUGGGAAGCUGCUGUUGUUUGAUACCAUUGGUAGAUACUAUAGCCAAAAGAAGGAACCACUGUUAAGUCAUGCACCUGAAAUCCACCUGGGCAUUGCAGAGCUGUUAGUUAAUGGGAAAACUGAUCAAGCUUUGGAAGCAAUUCAACUCUACUUGAAGUUAUUGGAUAGUACAAGAAGAGAGGAGUUCAGGAGACUACUCUACUUCAUGGCUAUUAUCGCUCAGAAUUCUGAUCUUAAGCUCCAAGCAGAGAGCGACAACCGGAUGGUUGUGAAAAGAACUUUCUCCAAAGCCAUAGUCAACAAUAAAAGUUUAUCUAAAGGAAAAACUGACCUUCUAAUUUUGUUUUUGGUGGACUACCAGAAAGAUGUAUUAAAGAUCCCAGGGACGUUGCAUAAAAUUGUUAGUGACAAGCUUGUGGCUAUACAGCAGGGGAAAGAUUCCAACCUGAAUACAGGAUAUACUUUCUGCCAGCAACGUGACAAGAGUGAGUAUCACCACAGUGCAAAGAAGACUACAAAAAAGGAACUUGUAUCUUUGCUAAAAUCUAUUGAUGAGGACUCCAGUCUCUCUGCCAAAGAGCGGAAGAGGUUGCUUGAUCAAUUCUAUGCUAGUAAUCCAGCCAUCUUUUUGCAGUAUUUUCAUGACAGAGGUACCGAUGGAGGUGUCGAACUUUAGCUCUAGAAGGUUACUGGAAUACUAAUAAUUUUUGGAAGCACUUAUUUUGUAUCUUUUAAAAAAUUUUGUAUUGUACUUAAAUAAAAGUGGUUUUGUAAUAUGGAGUUCCCAUAUAAUAUUAUUUAAAAAUAAUUUAAAUCUAUUAAAUCUAUUUAAAUCUUAAUUGUUCAGAUGUAUUCUUGAUUUUAAAAAAAUGGGGUGGGGAGGGAAGUUUAGGCCAGUGUAUGAGUUUUUAGCUUUGUUCAAACACUAUUGGAAGCUCCUGAAAACUAGACUUUAUUUGGUGAAUAUAAUUUUUGCUCCUGAUUGUCAGAUCUCACUGCCAGUGGACUACAACAACCACAUGGUUUCUCCGUGUAACACAAGGUUGUUGGAUAUAUAUAUGCCCAUAAAUUAUUACAAGAUUAUUUGUCCAUGGCAAGUCUACGUUUGUAUGUGACUUGUUCACGUGGUGAGUUUAUAAAUACUUUCAAUCCAUUUGUUGAAGGGAGCUGCAUUUUUUUAUUUUUCCAGUUCAUCAAUACUAGUCUUCUUUCUAUAGUAAGGGUGCAGGGAGUCAAUUUAUAUUGUCCCUUUGUUAGGUUCCAUGUAUUGUGUAUAUAAUUCAAAAGGAUAUUUUUAGGGCAAGUUGGUCUUGAAUUGACAGUGCAUGGCAGAACCUUGCCAAUUGUGUAAAUACCUGUGAUUGUGUCUAAUCUUAUGUUCAUGUUUAUUGAACUCUGAAGAACAAAUAAUCCUCCAUAAAAGUGAGGUCCAGCAAUCUUCCGUUGGUCCACUUGGGCAUAAACUCCAUUGAAUUCAAUCGGGUUCAGAGUAAAUGUAAAAAAUAACAGGGCUUGUUAGAAAAAGCCUGUUUUUGUAGGAUAUGUCUUGUGUAAAGGCCAGU